AUGUGUGUUGUCACCAGGCACACGGAGUUUCGAGUCACUCAGGGCUCCAACGUCAGCGAGCGAGUGCCUAUCGGCGUGGUGAAGAAGGUGAACCUCGAGGCGCGCACUGCGGUGGUGGAGUGGAAGCUGGCGCACCGGGAGAGCCCCCAGGUGGUCUCGCUCUUUGAGCUGGCGGCUCACCCCAUGGUGGACAUCCGGCUCAGCGACAUCGUCUUCCUGCCACCCCCUUUGGUCACCGAGGACCCCGGCAGCUGGACGGGCCGCAUCUGCCGCCUCGAGAACUUCGCCGCGGAGGUGCGCCUCGGCAACGGCAAAAUGAGGUUUGUGGACGUGGAGGUCCUGCGCAUGGCGGACACGGAGGGCUACGAGGGCAGCCAGACCUCCUGGGACGAGGGGGAGGAGGAAGAAUUGGAGGAUGAAUUUCGGGAGAACCAUGCAACGGCGGAAGAAGGCGAGCCAGAGGCCUCGGCCGAGGUGGAGCUUGAGCCGGAGGUGUUGGAGCAGGAGCCUGAAGCGGUAGGGGGCAGCUCAAGCAGCUCUGAGAUCCCUGCCUUCGACACCUUCGACGAGGACCUGGAACCAGCGGACCACAAGUUCGUGGACAGGCCCUCACCCCCGCCCAAGGCGCUCAUGCGUGCCGUGAGGCGAGAGAUGUCGGUGCUUCGUAGCGGUCUUUCAGGCGGUGAAGGGGUGGUCGCCCCCAUCCUGGUCCGCACCUACGCCUCCCGCAGCGACCUCUUCCGCGCCAUGGUGGUGGGGCCCCCAGGCACCCCCUACGCGGAUGUGCCCUUCUUCUUCGACUUGGCGCUGUCUCCCCAGUAUCCUGCCGAGCCCCCCUUGGUGCACUACUUCGCGAACUAUGUCAAUAGCAGCGAAAGGCUGAAUCCCAACCUUUACCGCGAUGGCAAGGUGUGCCUCAGCCUGCUGGGCACCUGGGCGGGCCCCGGCUGGGACCCGGAGAAGUCCACCCUGCUGCAGGUCUUGGUGUCCCUGCAGGGCCUUGUGCUCGUGGAGGAUCCCUACUUCAACGAGCCUGGGCACCAAUGGGACGCUAACACAGAGCACGGGCGCAACGCCUCCGCCCUGUACAACGAGAACGUGCGGCUUCUCGCCCUGCGCGCGGCGCUGAACACCUUUCAGCAGCCUCCCAAGGGCUUCGAGGAGGUGGUUGCUGCGCACUUCACCUCUCACGGCCCGAAGCUUCUGGCGCAGGCCGAAGAGGCCUUGGCGGACACGGCCCGGUACUCCGAGGGCUUCCGCCAGGUCCUGGGCAGAUCGCUCCUGCCGGCUUUGCGCGCCGCAUGGCGCGGCUCGCGCCCAGCGGACGCGUCGUGA